AAGUCCGAGGAGAAACCGAAAUCUCUGGUAGGUUUGGUGAAUCCAUAUUCGGGAUCGGUCAUAUCAUUGGUAUGUCCCAAUGUCCCUACCCCCGCCGAAUGACCAAGCCACCACACUACAAACACUAAAUAAAUUGUCGCCAAAUUAUGCACACUACCACACUACCAGCCAUGGAUAAUGUGCAAGAUUAAGAUGAAUGUCCAAAUAUGCGCCCAAUCCAUUUAUAUCCACGUCGUGAUUUUACGAAAGUAUUCCGCCACCGGCCAAACUCCUACGAUAACAGUUUCAACAAUCGGGUGUCACAUUGAAUAUAUUGAAACAUUGCAAUUUUAUCUUAUGCCUGUAACAAGAAAAGAAUAUCAUGUUGCUGACAUGAAAAAGCUUCUUUUACAAGAUAACAACUCACAUCUAUCCGUAAGCUCCACGGAAGUGUCAUGGCCAGCCCUUGCCGCCAGCUUUUUUUAACCUCAAAAAGCCAAGGUCGCAUACAAAUUCAAUAUCGUUAAAAACCUUCAGAUGAGCAAGCCUACAUCCAUUUGCCUACCUGGCUUACACUUAACCAAGCACUUACGGCAGUUGCAACACAUGGUCUCGGACCAUGUGGACCAUGGACCGCUUGCGCCCUUCGCUCACACAUGGUCUCGCUCUUGAAAGGCAGCCAUUCAAGUGACCCACGUCCUAACUCAAGACCCACGCGACUGAGCAGGCGCGCGCACCACCUCUAAGAUCCGUCUGGGCGCGCCAACAUGCUCUUCCGAAGCGCUGCCGCCCCGCCAGAGGACAUCUCCGACCGUGGCUACGACGCGCAAAGCGAGGACGACAGCGAGGAGGAGGCACCGCGACGGCACCAGAAGCGAUUCACGCGUCGCGCGCGGCCGCCGCUUGGCCAUCCAUCCAGCACCGGCUCGCCGCCCGACUCAAGCCAGUCGAGCACCGGCUACGGCUCCAACAUCGAGCGCUCCGACAGUGGGCACGCGCUCUUCUACGACGCCGAGCUGAAGGCGUGGCGGCGCAACGAGGCGGCCGUGCGGCGGAGGCGCACGCGCGCGCAGCGACUGGCGGCAGAGGAGCUCACUGACGCCGUGCGUGAUUUGCACCGCACGCCCAGCGGCACACCUGCUGUAUACGACCGGAAGCGGGGCUGCUGGCGCCGCGACCCCCGCCCCAAAACCGUUAACUAUGACGCGCUGACGGCCGCGCAGCAGGAAGCCAAGCAGACGGCCAGCGGCACGGCCAUCUACUACGACUCGCGGCGGCUGGAGUGGCGGCGCCGGCGCCGGCACGCCUCGGACGUCCCGGACCCGAGCGCCGCGCAGGUGCUGCUCAAGCGCACCGCUAGCGGCUCGGCCAUGAUCUACGACGACGUGCGCCAGGUGUGGAAGCGCAAGCUAAAGCGCAGUGCCGGCCGACUCGCGGUACGCGAGCGACGCCGAGCGUAGCGACUGCGCGCUGGUGCAGUCGCACGGCACCUGGUACCUCGAGAAGAAGCGCAAGCACCUGCCAGGACGGCGAGCUGACCAAGCGGCAGAUCGAGGCGCGGCGCACCGGCAGCGGCACACCCAUCUUCUAUGACAACGU